UUUGCUUUUUCUAAGAACUGCUUUUUCUUUCCUUUUAGGUAACAAAUACACUCUGGAGACUCGUCCCAACCAAGAAGGCAUUGAUGUAAGACAGGAGCUACUGAAAUUCCAUUCUACUUAUUAUUCAUCCAAUUUAAUGGCUAUUUGUGUUCUAGGUCGAGAAUCCUUAGAUGACUUGACUAACCUGAUAGUAAAGUUAUUUUCUGAAGUAGAGAAUAAAAAUGUCCCAUUGCCAGAAUUUCCUGAACACCCUUUCCAAGAAGAACAUCUUAAAAAACUUUAUAAAGUAGUGCCCAUUAAGGAUAUUAGGAAUCUUUAUGUGACAUUUCCCAUACCCGACCUUCAGAAAUACUACAAAUCAAAUCCUGGUCAUUAUCUCGGUCAUCUGAUUGGCCAUGAAGGUCCUGGAAGUCUGUUAUCAGAACUUAAAUCUAAGGGCUGGGUAAAUACCCUGGUUGGUGGACAGAAGGAAGGAGCCCGAGGUUUUAUGUUUUUUAUCAUUAAUGUGGAUUUAACUGAGGAAGGAUUGUUACAUGUUGAAGAUAUAAUUUUGCACAUGUUUCAAUACAUUCAGAAGUUACGUGCAGAAGGACCUCAAGAAUGGGUUUUCCAAGAGUGCAAGGACUUGAAUGCUGUUGCUUUUAGGUUUAAAGAUAAAGAGAGGCCACGAGGCUACACAUCUAAGAUUGCAGGAAUAUUGCAUUAUUAUCCCCUAAAAGAAGUACUCGCAGCUGAGUAUUUACUGGAAGAAUUUAGACGUGACUUAAUCGAGAUGGUUCUCGAUAAACUCAGACCAGAAAAUGUCCGGGUUGCAAUAGUUUCCAAAUCUUUUGAAGGACAAACUGAUCGCACAGAAGAGUGGUAUGGAACUCAGUACAAACAAGAAGCAAUACCUGAUGAAGUCAUUCAGAAAUGGCAAAAUGCUGACCUCAAUGGGAAAUUUAAACUUCCAACAAAAAAUGAAUUCAUUCCUACGAAUUUUGAGAUUUUAUCAUUAGAAAAAGAUGCAACACCAUAUCCUGUUCUUAUUAAGGAUACAGCUAUGAGCAAACUAUGGUUCAAACAAGAUGAUAAGUUUUUUUUGCCGAAGGCUUGUCUGAACUUUGAAUUUUUCAGUCGCUACAUUUAUGCUGAUCCUCUCCAUUGCAACAUGACAUACCUGUUUAUCAGGUUAUUGAAGGAUGAUUUAAAAGAGUAUACAUAUGCAGCACGCCUCUCAGGUUUGAGCUAUGGCAUUGCAUCAGGAAUGAAUGCAAUACUUCUGUCAGUUAAAGGUUACAAUGACAAGCAGCCAAUCUUGCUAAAGAAAAUUACUGAAAAAAUGGCUACCUUUGAGAUUGAUAAAAAAAGAUUCGAAAUUAUCAAAGAAGCAUAUAUGCGGUCUCUUAACAAUUUCCGGGCUGAACAGCCUCACCAGCAUGCCAUGUAUUACCUCCGUUUGCUGAUGACUGAAGUGGCCUGGACUAAAGAUGAGUUGAAAGAAGCCCUAGAUGACGUGACUCUUCCUCGCCUUAAGGCCUUCAUACCUCAGCUACUGUCACGGCUGCACAUUGAAGCCCUUCUCCAUGGAAACAUUACAAAGCAGGCUGCAUUAGGAAUUAUGCAGAUGGUAGAAGACACCCUUAUUGAAUAUGCUCAUACCAAACCUCUCCUUCCAAGUCAGCUGGUUCGUUAUAGAGAAGUCCAGCUUCCUGACAGAGGAUGGUUUGUUUAUCAGAAGAGGAAUGAAGUUCACAAUAACUGUGGCAUCGAGAUAUAUUACCAAACAGACAUGCAAAGCACCUCAGAGAAUAUGUUUCUCGAGCUUUUCUGUCAGAUUAUCUCUGAGCCUUGCUUCAACACCCUGCGCACCAAGGAGCAGCUCGGCUAUAUUGUCUUCAGUGGGCCUCGUCGAGCCAAUGGCAUACAGGGCUUGCGGUUCAUCAUCCAAUCAGAAAAGCCACCUCACUACCUGGAAAGCAGAGUGGAAGCUUUUUUAAUUACCAUGGAAAAGUCCAUAGAGGACAUGACAGAGGAGGCCUUCCAAAAACACAUUCAAGCAUUAGCAAUUCGUCGACUAGACAAACCAAAGAAACUGUCUGCAGAGUGUGCUAAAUACUGGGGGGAAAUCAUCAGCCAGCAAUACAAUUUUGACAGAGAUAAUAUAGAAGUUGCAUAUUUAAAGACACUUACCAAGGAAGAUAUCAUCAAAUUCUAUAAGGAAAUGUUGGCAGUAGAUGCACCUAAGCGACAUAAGGUAUCUGUCCACGUUCUUGCCAGAGAAAUGGAUUCUUGUCCUGUUGUUGGAGAAUUCCCGUGUCAAAAUGAUGUAAACUUAUCACAAGCACCAGCCUUGCCACAACCUGAAGUGAUUGAGAACAUGACUGAGUUCAAGCGUGGUUUGCCACUAUUUCCUCUAGUGAAGCCACAUAUAAACUUCAUGGCUGCAAAACUCUGAAGAUCCCCAUGGAUGGAACAGUGCAAGGGGAUGUAUUCCUGAGUCUUCCAGGCUGGGAAAACAAUCUUGGCCACUUUCGUAGCUUCUGGUUCACUAUAGAGAGACAAACAAAAAAAAAGUUGUCAAAUGUCAUUAUGUAGAAAUAUUUAAAACCCAAAGGAAUUAAAUUUCAAAAUCUUAUAGACAUAGAAUAUUUUUAAAUACAUGCCUCCUAAGUAUUUUAAAUUUUUUCUUUUCAUUCGUAAGAAAAAGUUCCCUUAUACAACUGCUUAAAAUGAUGAAUGACAUUCUGAUAGAAUCUUUCUUUCCUAUUCUGUAAAGUUGUCCCUUGUCCAAAGAAAAUAAAUAUUAGCUUUUCUAUAAAAGCCUCCUGGGUUGAUAGAGAAGGCUUCAAAACAUUUAGAAAGGUAUUCCCUUUUUAAAAGUCAAUCCUCAAAUUUCCUUUCUACUUAGUGGUCUUAGUAAAUCAGUGAAGAACAUUACAUUGGCAGAUAAUACACAGAGCAGUGUAAUUUUCUUUUAUUAGUUGAAUUGCUGAUUACAUAAGGUAUGGUUUUAAUCUUUUUAUAAAAUUUGAACAUUUUUUAUUCCAACUAGUAAAAUGCUGGAAAACCCUAGAAUACCCUUAUUUACAGUGCUAGAAAUACAGAUUUACCUUAAUCAAUUUUGUCCCAAACUGAAUUUCUCAGGAUUACUGUGGGUUUUAUUUUUUUUUUCCCAAUUGACAUUUUUUAUUGUUCAUAGUUGGUUUGCAGUGCUCCAACAGUUUUACUUUUUCUCAUGAACAAGUUGCUGUAUUUACUUAAAAAGUACAAAUAGUGUCAACUUCAGAUCCUACUGAGUGUGUGACAUGCUUUUCCAACAUCGGCUAUUAUAGCUACCCAUAACUUUUUACUCUGAUGAAAUUGCAAUCAGAGUAUGAACCAAACUAUUUUGCCCCUGUAGAAAUUUAAAAGGCAGCAAAUACAAAGCCACUUUUUGGUGAUAUAAAAAAUAAAACCUUGCAUUCUUAAAUAGCAAGUCUCCAUAAGACUCUAAAAUCCCUUGUUGCUUCCAGUCUAAUCUUGCCUUAAGUGUUAUUUUUUUUAAUAUAUAAAUACAAACAUACAAACACAGAUGAUGACUGGAGUGGACUUUUAAAACUAUUUUUUCCAUGAGAUACUAUUUUAGGUGAGCUUGUUACUAUAGAUUUAACAGCUGUUUUAAAAUAUUUAUUAUUAAAACUUGCUUCAAGAGAAACUGUGGCUGUGCUUCCACAUGCAGGCACCAGUAGCAGUAAGUGGUCCUUUUGUCCACUGUCUCAGGCAAAGUAAAGAAUGGCAUUUUACCUCCCCAUGUGACUUAAUUUGCCAGGACUUCUUUCUGGAGUGUUACGUCUUUCCACAUCUUAAGUUUUUACAUUUGCCAUUUUCCAAAUAAUCUCAAUUUGGGGCAAGAAUGAUAUAGUCACAACUAUGGAGGCUGCUUUCAACAGUGGGCUCCGUUUCUACCAUCAGGUCAACGUGGUGCUGUAAACUGUCUUUUUAUCCACACCUUUAAGAGCCUCAUUGUGAGAAGCCUGUCUUUGUCCAUCAGAAGGUAUGUGAAGUCUUCACUUCCUUCUGGUUUUAUGCAUUUGUAGACUAUGCAGCUUUUCAUUAAAUUGCAGAUAUAUACAAGAUGAAUCUAAAGUUAGUCCUGAGUGUUUAAAUCCAUCACUAAAAACAAAAAUCCACCUAUAUUUUCUAUGGAAAAUUAUAUGCUGUUGAGUAAGUAACUUUUAGCUCUUUAUAAAAAAAUGAGUGAAAUUUAAAAGUGUCAUUUUUAUGAAGAAAAGCACUAAAGAUAUCUGAAAGCAAUCACUUAGUCUUCCAUGAACCUGCACUGUUGUUCAGUGUGCUCCAGCAUUUUCUGGUUUUCAGAUUAUAUCUAGAGCUACCGUUAGGUCACUCAGGCAUACUAAUGGAUUCAUCUAAAUGGGUCCCAGCUGCAGUCCGUCAGCAAUAACAGCCUACCCAGAUACUGCUAGUUACUCGAUGCUUAGCAGAUGAGAUUUGUGAAACACACUAAGUUAGUACUUACUGGGGACUUUUUUUUUUUAAGUCUUCUUUCCAACUAGUUGAAAGGGAGAGCAUGUGACACAGCCAGUGUGGUGGAGCCCUAGGGGUUGUCCUGUUUACAAAUAAAUUGCCUGAAUUUAAACUCUGGAGUUUGCAUUUGUGUUAUUUUGCAGUUUUUGUGAAAUAGUACAGUGUCAAAUCCUUAAACCUAAUUCUCAACAUCCCAAUUUGACAAGAUUUCCUGCUUUCAUUAUUCCUAAUGCAGAAAGCAGUGAAUUCUAACAAAUAUAUUCAUAAACACAUAAAUAUGUCUGAAUAGAAAUGGCUCAAUUUCAUAUUCCUAUGAAUAGAUCACAUUUGUAAAUGAACAAGAACCUCAGUAUUUGACACUGAACUCGUUGCUGAAUAUUGUCAGUAACCUGAAACCCAGAAAGAGCUGUCCUUGGCAGUACAGAAAAUAACAAAGUAUUUUUCUUCUUUACAGUUAGACUUUAAAUUUUCUUGCCACAUCUCCAGCUGCAGGUUAGGUAAAUAUCUUGUCCAAUCUCUAGCUUCUAACCUCCUGUCAAUAUAAUCUUUCUACUCAUGUAGUAGCCAGCAUUUAAAA